AUGCAUUCAUCAAUAGUUCCUCCAGGAAAAACUCUUCCAAGGGUGUGGGAGAAGGUGAAAAAUGAGAAUCCACAAUUGAAGUUAUGGGAGGUUGGACGCAUCAUCGGGCAGAUGUGGCGUGAGUUGCCUGAUGAGGAAAAAAACAUUUACAUUGAAGAGUACGAGGCUGAAAAACAACGCUACAAUGAUACCCUUCGUCAGUACCACAGUUCUCCUGCCUACCAAGCGUGGGUUGUUGCCAAGGAAAGAGCUGAAAAAGUUAUCGAGGAGGAAGAGCGUCGAAGUGCUGCAAGAUCGCGUGAAAAGCAUGAACCGCCUGUCGAUUUGCGAGAGUCCUAUAUUUUGGAAGAUAAUGAAGAGGAUCCAGACGAACAAUUCACCGUGAAGCACGUGGCGGCGGCUCGUUUCCAACGCAACCAUCGCCUCAUGCACGAAAUUCUCAACGACACGAAACUCCCCGAUCCUGGCCAGUUAAUUACUGAGACUCGUAUACAAACUCUGCAAAUGCAGGUCAAACAGUUGAAGAGCCACAAGAAGAAUUUAUGCAGUGAGAUAGAAAACUGUGAGCUACGGCACCAAGCUAAGAUGCACCGCAUCCAAGACGAGUCGGCUGCAUUUUACACCGAAUAUCGCAAAUUAAUGGCUCAAACUCCUCGCAUCUCGGAAUCUCAAUUCGCUGAGAUGAUAGUCAAGGCGAAACAAGAUUUGGAUCGUGAAGAGGAGAAGAAGCGCGAGCGCCAGGCUGCGGAAAAUGAAGCCCGUAAACAGCGUGCUCAGCAGAGAGAGGCCGAAAUGGCAGAGGCCGAGAGGCGACGUCAAGCUCAGCUUCUCCAACAGCAGCAACAGCAACAAAUGCAGGCUGCGUCUCAGGUUCCUCAUGUGCCUAAUCAAGUGCCUCCAAUGGAGGAUCCAGCGUAUUCACAGGCAUCACAGCAAGUUCAAUACAAUCGGAAAACAUAUCCUUGCCCCCCUCCUCCAGGAUCUCAAGCGUAUCCACCUCCGCCCCAUUACGCUCCUUCAUCAACACAGCCACCACCAUCCACGGAGGGAGUGAUGGAAUUGGAGAGGAAUAACAGUGCACUUGUUGAAGAGUCAAUAAAGAAGGAUGCUCCUGCUUCUGAACCGGGCGUAGAAGGGGAUGAUCCCAGCUCCAAAAUUACACAGGAUCAACAACAGUCGGUGGUCCAAAGCUCAUCAGCUGUAAUGGGUGGUAGUUCGCAACCUCCCCCUCCCAAUUACACAAUGCCGUCGAAUCAACAACCACCGCAACCAUCAUUACCCGACUAUCAAUACCACCAACAGCAGCAACAGCCUCAACAACAGUCAAUUCCACAGCCGUCUCCUAUCCAGGGUCGUUACCCUCCAAAUUACUAUCCUCAAAGUGGAAGACCUCCCUACACGGGUUAUCCCGCCCCUCAGCCUCAACAGGCACCUCCGCCGCCUCCACCUAGCUACCCAGCCUCACAACCACAGCAGAUGUACCCUUCGUGGCAAGGGCAGUACCAACAGCAGCAACAAUCGGGAUACCCAGGUGGAGGCAUGGUACCACCGCAAAGAUAUCCUCCACCACCACAUGGCUACCAGCGUCCACCUUACUCGGAGGUUCAGGCUCCGCCUGUGCCUCCACCCUACCAGCAACAACAACAAGCGCCAGUAAUGCAUCAUCCGCAUCAACAGAGCUAUUGGCCGCAGCAACAACAGCAGCCUCCGUCGCAACAGUCCGACAUGCCUCAACAGCCACCGCCUCCGGGACAUUACCCGGUCUCCUCAGCCUCUGCUGACCCGCAGAUGGGAAUGAUUCCUCAGAACCAGCCGCCACUACCUUCUCAACAGGCUGCGGCUCCUUCUGCUGGGUACUAUCAGGGCUACGGUGGAGCUCCACCGCCGGGCUAUGGGGUUCCAUCAUCUCAAAGCGGAGUCUACUUUAACGGUCCCCCACCACAACAACAGCAACCGAUGGCACCAGGUGGUGGCUAUGGGCAUCAGCCCUACAUGCAGCCACAACAGCAGCAUUGGCCACAGCAAUAUCCAUCGGGUUAUCCAUCUUCACAGACACCGCAGAGACCCUCGAUGGCUCCACAGUCUGGCCCACCUCCUCAACCUCAGCCCACUUCUCAGGCUUCCCACCCACAACAGCCGCAGCCGCAGCAACAGCAGCAACACUCAAUGGGUGCUCCUGCGACUUCAGGGGGUGCUGGUGGCGGUGGCGUGGCAUCGCCAGCGGACCCAUCGACCAUACGGAGACCCUCGCCCAACCCUCAGCAUCCCGCUGCUACCCCAACUCCACCGGCUCCUGGUCAGUAA